AUGGCCCCGCCACGGCGGCCCCCACCAGGUUUCAUGCCCCACAAGUUUGGCCCUCCGCCUCAAAUGCGGCCAUUUCCAGACAGAGGCUUUGAUGACUUCGGUGGCGAAAACCGCUAUGAUAGAGAGUUCAGCAGGCUCCAGCGAGGUCCUCCUCCUCCUCGUCACAGUUCACGCCAUGGCCUAAGAGAUUUUGCUGAUAUGUUUGGGGGCUUGAAUCUCGAUCACCAAGGGAGCAGUAUCGGUUCCAAGGGUGGUAAUGGCAGCCAUGGAAUUGAUCGCGACCGGUCGAGGGACUCUGAAACUCCGGUAACAUUUCCUUUGUCGCCGUCCGGCAAAAAGAUCCAUUGUAUAAUUGACACCGGAGCCUCAAUGACACUCAUAAAGCGGUCUUCUCUGCGACGAUAUUUCCCAGGCAUAUCAGUAACACGUGGCGUGGGGAUAACUAUGUCAGGUAUUAGCGGUAAGGGUGAUUCAACAGAUGAGCGAAUAAUGCUUCCCCUCACCUUUGUUGGAGAAAAUGGGGAGCCGAUUCGGGUGCAGGGCGAGGCAUGGAUUGUUGAGGGGAAGCAUUUGGACACGGAUAUUUUGCUGGGCUUGCCAUUCAUGCGAGACAAUGGGAUGCAUCUCCAGUGGGGUGGUGGAUCAGGUAGCCGUUCUGGAGGUGAUCAUGUUGCCUGUAGAGGGUCAAGAAUACCCAUUAGUAUUGACUCUUAA